CACCUCAAUUUCACUAGCAGCAGCUCAUCUUCUUCCCAAACCCUAAUUUUCAUCAAACCUCAUCAAAUUCCUUCAAAAUCUCACAACUCUGUGCAAUCAAUCGAUCACUCAACUCUUCUCCACUCGAUUUUCGACAGGUACAACAGGUUAAUCGAUCCUGUUUACUCCAGAUUUUCGUUUUUAGCGUUAAUCUAAUCGUAAUUCCUGUUUUUCCGAUUCAGUUUCGUUAGUUUUUGUUAGGUUUGUUGUUUAAUCGAUAUCGCUGAACAAAACGGCAUCGUUUCGUGCUAAUCUUAUCCGUAAGUUUGAAGAUUAGCGUCUUGUUGUUUGAUUUAGGGUUUUGAGUUUGAUUUGCGGAUAUUUAUUCUGUUUUUGUUAGUAGAACUGAAUAAAAUCGUUGAAACGUGAAAGAAACGAAACUUAUAGGUUCAGUUUUGUGUAUGUGUAAGUAUAUAUAGUUAUAUACAAUUAUACAUACAUAUAUAAGUGUAUCUGUUUUAGAACUGAAGCCAAAAGCUUCCGGAAACUUGAGGUUUUGAUUUGUGUUGAGAUUAGAAAAGUAUAUUUGAGAAUUUUUGGUUGAGAAUGGCUGGAGGUGGAAAUAGGAAGGAUGAUUCUAUAGCGAUUAGCAGCUCGAAUGUUUUUGCGGCUCUUGGAAGUUUGAAGAAGAAGAAGAAGUCGGAUAAGGGGGGUAGUUCGAAGAAGGGGCAAGAUAAGGAAGUUGAAGGGGAAAAGGAGCAGGUUUUUUGGGCUCCUACGCCGUUAACGGUGAAGUCGUGGGCGGAUGUUGAUGAUGAGGAUGAUGAUGAUUACUAUGCAACCACGGCUCCGCCGCCUGUUUGGGCUCCAGGGGGUGGUGGUGAGCCUGAAGAUCAGGCUAAAGGAUAUGAGACUCCGGUGGAGGAAAGUGAAAGUGAAGAGGAAGGUCUGGAUGAAUCCGAUGAUGACGAAAACGAUCAUGAACCAGAACCACAAGCAGAAAAGGAGCCUAUUGUCGAAAAGCCCGUCGAGGUUUUGCCACCCAAAGAAGCCGACAGGCAACUGUCAAAAAAGGAACUAAAGAAAAAGGAGCUUGCAGAACUUGAUGCAGUGCUUGCUGAAUUGGGUUUAAAUGACAACAAUACCCAAGAAGAUACUCGUGGUGCCGCAUCGGAGAAAGUUGAGAAUCAAAAUGGAGAUCAGGAGAAAAAAGACAAGAACGUGCCAGCUGGUGAGAGCAAAAGCGCCAAAAAGAAAAAGAAGAAAGAUAAAUCUUCUAAAGAAACCAAAGAACAACAACAAGAACCGACAAACGAACCCGAACAAGAAAAGGCCGAAGAAUCAUCCGGAAUCGAUGUAGAGAAAAUAAAGAAAGUAGCUUCGAUGAAAAAGAAAAAAUCCAGCAAGGAAAUGGAUGCUGCAGCGCGGGCCGCCGCCAGUGAGGCGGCAGCAAGGAGUGCGAGACUUGCGGCAGCUAAAAAGAAGGAGAAGAACCACUACAACCAGCAGCCCGUUCGUUAAGUUUUAAAAAGAAAUUAUAUAAAGUAUGCUGCGGGAUGCGUAAUAAAACCUUGUUGGUGUCUUUGGUUACAUUUUACAGUUUUACUUGAACAUUUACUUAAAAGACUUUUAGGGUUUUUACUUUUUACAUGAUCACUUGGGCCGGGUCGGGCUGGGCCGUGCCUUCGGUAGAAAGUGGAAAACACCAACCCGUUGGAUGAGACUCUGGUUUUAAGUUAUUAUUUUCUGUUUUGAUGACAAUUUGUUUCGUUUUUUCUUAAUUUGUCAGUUGGAUGUUUAUUAAAUUCUAUUGUUUUUGAGUGAGUUCUCUUAUCGAUAUGUUAAAUGGUA